AUGUCGGAGGCACCAGGGGUCAUCCAGACCCCGGGGCUCCCCGGCGAGACUCAUGCCCAGGAGCAGGCCCCCGUGCAGGGCGAUGCCUCCGAGGUGGAGUGCCCCAUAUGCUACCAGGAGUACAACCAGUGUGGCAAGUGCCCCCGGAUGCUGGAGUGCCUGCACGUCUUCUGCACCGAGUGCCUGCAGCAGAUCCAGCUGUCCUCCUCGCCGUGCCCGACGGUGGCGGCGGCGGAGCCGGACGCCUCCCCGUCGAUUUCCUGCCCGCUGUGCCGCCACCAGACCCCCCUGCGGGCGGGCGACAACGCCCUCUCCUUGCCCGCCAACGCGCGCAUCCUGGCCCGCCUGCCGCCCGUGUCCUUCUGCGUGACGCAGCGGGUGGUGGUGUCGCUGGACGCCCAGCGCGACGCCCGCUUCAUCAUCCUGCCCACGGUCAGCCUGCGGGUCGAGCAGAUGACCGAGGAAGAGGAGAGGACGAGGAGGGCCGGGGAGGUGGGGCAGAUGCGCGUGGCCAGCGGGCAGCAACGCCGGACGCUGCUCUGUGUCCAGAUGCUGGCCGUGGUCUUCUGGGUCGUGUUCGUGCUGACCUGUGUGAUCGCCGUGGUGUUCGGACCCAACAUUUUCCACAUACGACAGUCAGGAGGAAAGUAG